GUGAGUUGAGGGACGUUUCUGACCCACGACGAUCAUGACGUCAUUCUCAGUGGCAAAAGUUCCAACCACAACUUCAAGUCACAAUACAACAAACUUUAUUGAUUCUAGUAGAAGGAAUAUAACUCACUCUAAUAUCAUAAUGGAACCAGCCAUUGCAACUGCCGCCGCUUACGGUGUCGAAACAGCAGUUGAGGGAGGAGUCGCGGCAUAUUAUCUGUCUAAAUCAACAUUACCCUUACAAGGACACCUCGAACAUGUGACAACCACCGAUAAAUUAACGCGAUAUGGACAUACAUUGUCGGUGAUUAGUGAUAGGGCAUAUGUUUUUGGUGGUUCUGAGGAUUCAAACUCUCAAUCCUUGACUAAUGAUGUCCUUGAGCUUCACGUCUCAACCGACGAGGAUACCACGACUGCAGUUUUGCGAUCCAUACCAGCAGUUGGAGAUGGAGAACAGAACGCAGCACAUGUACCAUUAGCUCGCACAUAUCAUUCAGCAAGUGUUGCUCGAAAUCGUUUCUUCGUUUUCGGCGGGAGUGAAAAUACUUCUGAUAAUCCGAAACCUUUGGAAGAAAAUGGCCGAUUGUGGGUAUUUGACCCAUUAUCAUCAAAAUGGACAUUCUUGGAUCCUCCUCCAGACACAACAUUUCCAUUUGCGCGAACAAAACAUGUCAGCACAUCGAGUCCUGACGGCUCUGUAAUUUUCGUCUAUGGAGGAUUAUCGUAUGAUCAAGUGGGUUUGAAUGAUCUCUGGGCAUUUUAUUUGGAUGAAGGGAAGUGGAGCAGGCUACCAGAUCCUCCAGGGUCACCGAAAUCUGGGAUCAACCUCACAUGCGGACAAGGAAAAUUAUGGAGAUUGGGGUACGGUGAAGAUUCAGCAAAAUCUACAGACUCGAUGCCUCGUGGACAAAUCGACUUCCUGCAAUACCCUACCGGUGGAACUCUGGAUGACGUGAGUAAGGACUUGGUCCAAGGUCAUAUGAACGAUCUUAAAAGUAAUAGUCAAUGGGAGACAUUGGAUUUCAACACGAGCAAACAAUCGGAAACUCCAUCACCUCGAGACUCUGCAGUUUUGCAUUUCAUUACUACUGGAAAUGGCAGGGAUUAUUUAUUGCUGGCUUUGGGCUCUGAUGAAAGGGAAGAAUCCUCAGACAUUUGGAUCUAUCAGCUCCCACCAACGCAGUAUUCUGGCGCAAAAGUGAAAGAUGUCGUACGAGAAAAGCUGCCUGGUGUGGAUAGCCAUAAAGGGGAAUGGUCUCGUCUUCAAAUUAGCGGAAUAAAGGUGGGCGCAGAUGAAGAGAAAGGUGGAGCUUGGACUAGUAGACGUUAUUUUGGUAGCUCGAUGACGGGCACGAAACAACUUAUGAUUUGGGGAGGACUUGGCCCUAGGAAUGAGACGCUUGGGGAUGGGUGGAGGAUUAUCAUUGACUAGGCGUGAUGUUGAGAUAGAAGAUUUAUGUAAAGAAAUAGACGAGAAAGUUAUCAUCUCCACGCGAAUUUUGUGCGACGAUCAGGCUAAGAUACGAGCUGGCUCUACGGUCUGUAUGGUUUUCAAAGUUGCUAUUUGAGAGAAUUUGGAAUGAUUUCGCUUUAUCAUCACAGAGGACUAUUUGAUAUAAAGAUCGUAGCAACAUAGUCUUGAGAAUUAGACGUCUGGAAAUAUGGUCAUUAAUUGGAGUUCUCACGUAGGAUACA